AUGCCAGCUGAUAGAAUACCGAAGCAAGUUCUCUAUGGUGAACUUAGUGAAGGUAAACGAUCGGUUGGAGGACAGAAGAAACGUUUUAAAGACUGUUUAAAACCAUCCCUGCAAGAGUUCGACAUCAACCAUGUGAACUGGGAGUCGCUCGCCCAGGAUAGAUUUCUUUGGAGAACGAAGGUCCGGCAGGGUUUGGUGACAGCAGAAUGUAAAUGUCGAUUGGUUGCCGAGGGGAAGCGUGCAGCUCGGAAGGAUCGGGUCCUGUUGAAUGGCGAUCCCAUGAGAUUUGUGGAUAAAAUCCAACUAUUGAAUACUGACCUGACUAUAGUUGUUGAAUGUAUUAUAGCCAUGCUUGGGAAUCAUAGUGAUGGACUGUGGAGGGAUAAGCUUGCCCCUGUAGAUCGCUAUACAUACGGAAGCAAUGGUGGUGUAUCUAAUGGGAUCAAAGACACCAACAAGGACAUGGACUUCCAACUCCGUCUGCCCAGAAUGAACUUGCAGAACAAGACCUUAAAAAUAGCAAGUGUGACGAGAAUUCCAUUUCAAAACAUCACCCGCCUUUCCAAUGGAGAAUAUGUUGAAGGGGGAUUUACAUUUGAGAUAAUAAACCAACUUUCUUCCUUUUUCAACUUUAGCUACAAGAUAGUUAUGCCUGAAGACAAUGCUUUUGGAAAAUUGAGGGAUGAAAAUGGAACAAAGAAGUGGAAUGGUAUGAUCAAGCAGCUGUUAGAUAAGGAAGCUGACCUAGCGGCAGCCAUGUUUACUAUCACUGAGGAUCGUAGAGAAGUGGUGGAAUUUACAAAAAACAUCUAUUUAGAUGGAAUUGAUAUACUGAUGCAGUAUCCAAAAGAAUCGGAUAACACUAGUGCUCUACUUUCACCUUUUUCGAUAAAUGUAUGGGCAAUGAUCAUUGCAUCAUUUUUUGCCAUGGGACCAGUAAUUUAUGCCAUACAAGUCUUGCAGCGUAAGCUGGUGAAACUAGAUGAAACCACUGAUCGAAAAAACCGGUUUACACUAGUAGAGUGUGUCUGGUUUGUUUAUGCUGGGUUAGUGAAACAAGGAAGCGAGCUGUCUCCAAUUUAUGAUUCUACGAGGAUUCUCUUUGCCACCUGGUGGAUUUUUACUUUAAUAGUAACUGCUUUUUAUACGGCCAAUUUAACAGCUUUUCUUACUUUACCACAUUACAAAACUAUUAAGUCUCUGGAUACUUUACUGCAACAUUCAGAAACUACAUGGCUAGUUAAAUACGGUGGCGCUCUUGAUGCAGCUAUAGAAGAAGGCCAUGGAAAAAUAUUUCAAAAGCUGAGAUCUUCGUUUAGAAUGGGUCAAGGAAAGCACUUGAGGAGCGAUUAUGAAGCAAGAUCUCUAAUAGAGAAAGGAGGUUAUGUUUACCUCCAUGAAACGUUAUCUCUUAAAUACUUGUUACUAGAAAGCUACCAACGAUCCAAUGGGAAAUGUGUUUUAGCGCUUGCCAAUCAAAACUUCUUUGAAAAACCCUUUGGUUUUGCCUAUCCGAAAGGGAGUCCAUAUGCCUUCGCCUUCAACGAGUUGUAA